AUGCACUCAUUGCGUGGCAUUGCGCCGCGUUUGCUUACCCGGAGCUCCGUGUUACCUCCGCUACCCCUCCGUCGCCUCACCCACCGAUUCCCCGCGCUUUGCCUGCCCUUCUCCCUAUCCCACUCAAGUCAAGCACCCGCCAUGGAUGAGAACGUGAAGAAGCACUAUCUCGCCGACAACCCGCCCACCGUGGUCCGUCUGGAGAUCAAAUCACACUUCGACACCCUUGAAAAUGAGAGCCUGAGAAAAUAUGCCCAUUACAUGAGCAGGGCUGCCUUCGAGGGCACUCGUGUGACGCUACGCCAGGUUUCGCCAGAGUCAGAACCUAUUUAUGAUCUCAUUCUUGCCCUCCACCGUGCGUGCGAUGGCGAUUGGAACAGCCUCGCUCAGAAGACCCAAGUCAGCGAACAGGACCUUCGUUACUUCCUUGAGUAUGCCGCCCAGUUCAUGGGUAACUGUGGUAACUACAAGGGCUUCGGCGACUCCAAGUUCAUUCCUCGUCUACCGGUUUCUGCUUUGGAGGCCCUGGCAUCAAGCACGCCGGAAACCAUUGCCGCUUUCCAGAAGGCAAGCAGCACUGGUGGCGGUAUUUACGAAACUGGCGAACAGUCCAUGAUGCAUCUGGGAUACCCUGAACAGGGCCAUAUGACUACCUACUACCCAGAUUUGCCCUCGAUCACCAAGGAUGAGAUCACUGCCGUCGGUGACUUGAUGGAGAAGAAAGGUCUCGCACUGGAGAACACAAGACUGCGGAAGACAACCUCUGGCGACUUUGAAUUGUUGAUCGCAUCCGGAGUGACCAAUCCUCCUGCAAGGGACCGUGACCUUGGUGAGGUGGAUACGUUUGAGUUGGAAGGUAGCCUGAAGGGCAAGACCUUGCGCCUGAUUUUUGGUGACUACCAGGAGGAAAUGGCAAAAAUUGCCCACAGUAUCAAACAAGCGGAACGUAAUGCCGCAAAUGAUAACCAGAAGAAAAUGCUCGAUGCCUAUGCGCUUUCCUUCGGGGCGGGCUCCAUUGAGUCUUUCAAGGAGAGUCAGCGCAUUUGGGUCAAGGACCAGAAGCCUGCUCUCGAAACAAACCUGGGAUUUGUGGAAACCUAUCGCGACCCCCAUGGUGUUCGCGGGGAGUGGGAGGGAUUCGUGGCUAUGGUAAACUUGGAACGAACCAGGGCUUUUGGUGCCCUUGUGGACAGCGCUGAAAGCAUGAUUCCCAAGCUUCCGUGGGGCAAAGACUUUGAGAAGGACAAGUUUCUCAGCCCAGAUUUCACCUCGCUAGAGGUUCUAAGCUUUGCUGGUUCCGGUCUUCCGGCCGGCAUCAAUCUUCCCAACUAUGAUGAUAUCCGCCAGAACCUGGGAUUCAAGAACGUUUCCCUCGGUAAUGUUCUUAGCGCGAAGGCACCCAAUGAGCCCAUUCCAUUCAUUGCCGAAAAGGACCAGGAUGUUUAUCGUCGAUGCCGCGACCCGGCUUUUGAGGUCCAGGUUGGUAUUCAUGAGCUGCUGGGCCAUGGUACUGGCAAGCUGUUGCAAGAAACUGCUCCUGGAGAGUAUAACUUUGACAUCUCGAACCCCCCGAUCAGCCCAGUCACGAAUAAGCCGGUAUCCACCUGGUACAAGCCUGGUCAGACCUGGAGUUCGGUCUUCGGGGCCAUUGCAUCGUCGUACGAAGAAUGUCGUGCCGAGUGUGUUGCCAUGGUGCUAGGCUGUGACUUCAGCAUCCUGAAGAUCUUCGGUUUCGGCGAUGGCAAGGAAGACAUGGCCGGGGAGGCCGGGGACGUACUCUUUGCUGCUUACCUUCAAAUGGCUCGUGCGGGCCUUGUAGCAUUGGAGUUCUGGGAUCCGAAGACUCAAAAAUGGGGCCAAGCGCAUAUGCAGGCCCGAUACAGUAUUCUCCGCACCUUCCUGGAUGCGGGUGAUGACUUCGUCAAGCUGUCCUACACCAAGGAAGAUCUCUCCGAUCUUGAGAUCCAGCUGGACCGGUCCAAGAUCUUGACCCACGGGCGACCCGCAGUCGAACAGUACUUGCAGAAGUUGCAUGUCUACAAGAGUACCGCUGAUUUCGUGGCCGGGAAGGGCAUGUAUGAUCAGAUUACCUCUGUGGACAACUGGUGGGGCACUUCUGUUCGUGAGGUUGUUUUGCAGAACAAGGUGCCUCGCAAGGUGUUCGUGCAGGCUAAUACCGUCCUUGAGGGAGACAAGGUGGUAUUGAAGGAAUACGAACCGACUCUGGAAGGCAUGAUCCAGAGUUACGUGGAUCGUAGGGUGUAG